CGUUCUUUGGAACGUAAACAAAACUCAAACCAGUCCGAGACACAACUCGUUGUGCGGCUGUUGUUGUCUGCUGUGGUGCGUGUUUCGUGCGUGUGUUGCCCGUAUUUACUCUUUCUAUUAGUCGGUAAAACUGUUUGGUUUCGGGCCGUUCGUUUUAUUUUUAAUAUUUAAAUACGAUAUCGUGACAUUCGCGGUCGUUCCGUUGAGUUUUUCUGUUUUCAAAUGUUUAACCGCGCAUUUUUAAACUAUACACCGUUAAUGUUUAAUUGUCCACCUGCUGCUGGUCGUUCGGUGGAUAAAAUACAAUAAUAUUCGUUUGUUCUUGUAUUUUUUUUUUUUGUGUGUUUUUGAUUGUCAUUAAAUAAUAAGAACUGGAGCGACGCUUGAAGACAAUUUCGUGACGAUGUUUUUCAAAAUCACAAUUUAACGUUUAUAAAAGUACUACAUUUGUGCAGUUUCAGAUGAAUUCUCCGAACAACCUGUAAAUAUGUGGGGCUGUUCGAGUUGCGGAACACGUCGUCUGGUCAACUUAGUCGUCUUUACCGUUUUGAUUAGUUUAGCCGAGGCUUGGCAGCAGAAUCUACCGCCCAAGAACAGUGUCAGAUAUGGCGCAUUUAAUUCCGACCAAAUAUUUCACGGAAACAAGACGGCCACGGAUUACUUCAAAAUACUUCUCCAAGAUCAGACGACUGCACUUAUAGGAUCUAGAAAUGUACUUUACAACAUCAGUUUGGACACCAUGAAGGAAAAUCACAAAUACUAUUGGAAUUCCUCGGAAGCUAACUAUGAAAUGUGUCAGUUGAAGGGAAAAUCUGAGGACGAUUGCCAAAAUUAUAUAAGAGUCGCAUACAAAAAGAACGACGAAGAGCUGUUCGUUUGCGGCACCAACGCUUUUCACCCGAUGUGCAAAAUAUUUAAUUUGACCGACGGCACCAAAGGCAUAGAGGAAAUGGAUGGACGGGGUAGAUGUCCAUAUGACCCAUUACACAACAGUACGUCUAUAUAUGCCGGCGACCAAUUGUAUUCUGGAACCGUAGCUGACUUUUCCGGUAGUGACCCGCUCAUAUAUAAAGAACCGAUGCGGACCGAACGACUAGACUUUAAGCAACUGAAUGAUCCGAAUUUCGUGAGUUCGUUGGAAUACAAAGAUUACAUAUUUUUCUUCUUCAGAGAAAUAGCCGUCGAAUACAUAAACUGCGGAAAAACUAUUUACUCACGAGUGGCCCGAGUCUGCAAACACGAUAAAGGUGGUCCGCAUUCGUACAGGGAUCGAUGGACGUCGUUCUUGAAAGCUCGGCUCAACUGUUCCAUUCCGGGCGAAUAUCCGUUUUAUUUCGACGAGAUCCAGGAUACCAGUGACAUAUUGAACACGGCUCUGACCGGCAUCGUCGACCCGAUUGUUUACGGUGUGUUCAACACACCUGUGAACGCUAUCAGCGGCUCGGCUGUGUGUAUGUUUAACAUUAGCGACGUCAUCGAGACUUUCAUGGGUUCGUUCAAGGACCAGGAGGCUAUGGACUCCAACUGGUUGCCUGUGAAAAAGAUCCCUGAACCCCGUCCCGGGAUGUGCGUAGAAGAUAGUCGAACACUGCCUGACAUAACAGUGAAUUUCAUUAAAAGCCAUUCACUGAUGGAUGGUGCGGUACCGUCGUUGUUCUCCAAACCGAUUUUUACUCGGAUAUCGCUCCAAUCCAGGUUGACCAGUAUCGCAGUGGAUAAUCAGAUUUCCGGUCUAAAAGGACAGUACUACGACAUUUUGUUUAUGGGCACAGACGACGGGCGAUUAGUCAAAGGCGCUUUGCACACAAACAAUGGUCUGCCCGAGUUCAUCAACAUCGAAGAAGUAAAUCUCACCUCUAACAACACGAAAUCACUACCGGUCCGGACGUUAAACAUCAUUAAAUCGGUCGAUGGCAAACCGGGACGAAUAGUGAUCACGUUCGACCAACACAUCAUUUCCGUGCCGUUGGACCGGUGCUAUCUGAAAACGACUUGCCAAGAAUGUAUCGAUCUACAAGAUCCAUACUGCGCGUGGGACGGGUCGCAUUGUGUUAACCAUUUGGAGAUCAAGGGUUCGUCUAAACAGUAUUUUAUUCAGUCUAUCAGCUCGUCUCAGAAUAAUGUUUGUCCGAAAGUACCCUUCGAUGACAAGUUCGGACAUUCUUCGUCGUUGGACGAUAACAAUAUCGACUCGAACGUGCCGAUGUGUCCGUCGUGUGCUCCCUGCUACACCGAGAACGUAAUCAACAGCGAGAGCGUUACCGACAAGACGUCCGAGAUGCCAGUGAUCUCGCUGGGCGACGUCAUCGGGCUGCUCAUGAUGAUGUGCGUGCUGGCCACGCUGCUCGUCGGGUUCGUGGCCGGUUUCGUGUGCUCGCGGUACUUUCGGCACGCCGCCGAUCCGUUUUCGUCGAUGGCCGUUCACGCCCAUCACCAGCUUAACCGACUGGCCGAUAUGAACGGCGCCGCGGAAAUCGGCACCGCGCCGUUCCUGCCGUGCCCCAACAACAAGGCGCCGAUCAACCUGCUGGUGAACGUGACCAAGUGCAAGAACGACACGCUCGAGAAGAACUUGGACUCGGCGGUCGAGAACAAGACCCUGCAAAAGGUCAAGAAAACGUACAUAUGAUGUGCGCGCGGGCGCGUGUGGUGUACGAGCGAGUGGCCACCGACCGACCGCCGCUUCCGGUUUCGUCUCGCCCGCGGGGACCGGAUCUGGCCGGGGCCCGGUGGAGAAACACAGUGACUGAUUUCUGCGACCUGUGCGCAGCCGCGCGUUGCGUGCCGGCGUACAGCGUAUAAGAUGAUAUUAUAUUAUGUUAUUAUUAUAAUUACUAUUAUUAUUAUUAUUAUUAUUAUUAUUAUUAUUAUUACUAUCAUUAUCAUUAUAUAUUGGUACGGCGGUUGGUCGACUGGUCGACGGCGAGACAAGGCGGUUAAAAGAUCUCAGACUUAAUCAAAACGAAAAAAUUAAAUAAUAUACUAUGUAUAUUAAGUAUGACCGUGUUUAUAUAUGGAUACUGCAGUAUAUAUGUUCAUGGAACGGCAGUUCGCAUAGACUUUCGCCGAGUAAGUCAACCGACGUCCAUUAUUAAAUACCUUUACGAAUGUUGUCAGCACGACUGCACGUCUAACGCGAUAUGACACAUUCCUUACAGUAAAAUUACAUUAUGAGCUUAUUAUUGACAAUUUUUAUUAUUAUUAUUAUUAUUAUUACUACUAAUAUAACGCAAAUUAUAUUAUAUUAUAACGUAUGGUACGAUUUUGGAUAUGUUGUACUCCGUGAUGUGUUUUUAUCACGAAUUAUUGUUGUUAAGACUUGAGAUAUGUAUAGACACGUCCGCAGAUAUAUUAUUUAUUAUGCAUUGAUUUUAUGUUUCAAUAUUAUUGGUGUCGUCAUUAUUGUAACGAUAACUAUUGAUUAUAUAUUUUUUUUUUUUUUUUUUAUUAAUAAUUUGCGUUGACGCCAGCAAACGCGGCGGUCUGUCAACGGACUUAGAACUUUGAAGAGGACCAAAUGUUUCCAAUGACUUGUAAAUUAUAUUAUAUACUAUACAUAUUAUAUUAUGAGUAAUUCGGUGUAAAUCGUACUCGAUGUAUUUUCGUGAAUUAUUAUCGUUAUUAUUUAGUUUUAUUAUUUUUGCGAAUGGACACGAAACUUCUUGGGAUAGUGUCAUUAAUUUUAACUAUGAGGAUUUACUAUUCCCCAAUCACGAUCACAAAAAUCAUUGAUGUGUAAAUGAAAAAACGAAAAAUGUUAAUUAAUGAUAAUUAUAGAUGAUAUACAGUAUUAUUAUUUUCAUAAGAACUCAAAUUUUGUUUGCGACAACUAUGUACAAGAACAGUCCAUUGAUUAAUGAUUUCUUAUGUGCAAUACACAACUGAAUGCACGCCCCUUUUUUGAUCUCUAAAUGUAAUAUUCUUUAAAAUUUAAGUGCCUUUUGUAAUCAAUGU